AUGUCAUCUUUAAAGCACUCGAUUCACAGAAGAGUGCAUUUGGAGAGAGCAACUCCGGUGAACAGACUUCGGUUUGGGAUUUUGGAGCGUAAGAAGGACUAUAAGAUAAGAGCAAAAAGAUAUCAUGAAAAGGAGAAUCUCUUAAAAUCUUUAUCAGAAAAAGCAAGAACAAGGAAUCCGGAUGAGUUUGAUUUUGGGAUGGUCAAAUCCAGGUUGGAAAAUGGAAGAUAUAAAAAGAUUGGAUCAGAACUUCCAAACGGAGGUCUUACUAGUCCUGAGGAGAGAAAGCUUGCUGAGAGUCAGAAUCUGACAUAUGUUAAUUUUAGAAAAUCCAUCGAUGACAAGAAAAUUGAAAGGAUGGAAAAAGAACUGACAUUAUUUGGCCAAAAUAUGCAAAGAAGCCAUUUAUUCUUUGAUGAUGAGCACGAACAACCAGAAGCCAAUCUACAGAAAAACAAAAGUGACACUAAAAAAGUUAAAGGUUUGGCUUCCAUUUCAAAUUCAGAAAAUCUCUCGAAUGAAAUUGUCAAAAAUAUUACUAAAUCCUAUAAGAUCCUUAAUGAUACAAUUGCCAGAUCUAAGAACCUCGACAAAGUUUCCAAGCACCUUGAGCUCCAGAAAAAUUUAAAGUCCAAAGGAAAAAAGAAAAAGGUUAUAAACAAAGAUGGAAACACAGAGUUUGUUUGGUACCCAAAAAGAAAAAAGUAA